CCAACGACUGAAGAUAGUGGAGGAGAGGAGGAAGGAGGAAGGAGGAUGAUGGGAGCUAAUAGUAUUCCCUUUAAGUGACCCAUAUCUUACAGUAGACCCACAUAACAUAAAGGCUAGUUUUUGUUGUCGAGGAUUCUUCUGCAGCAAGAUGUCGGCGUCGGCGAUAUUCAUCCUCGACCUGAAGGGAAAGGUGCUAAUCUGCCGUAAUUACAUGGGGAACAUGGACAUGAGUGAGAUUGACCACUUUAUGCCCAUUCUGCUGAAGAGAGAAGAGGAGGCUGAGAUGACACCUAUGGUCAGCCAUGGCUCCUCACACUUCCUGUGGAUCAAACACAGCAACCUUUACUUGGUGGCGAUGACCAAGAAGAAUGCCAACGCUGCGCUGGUGUACUCCUUUCUUUAUAAAAUUGUCCAGGUAUUUAAGGAGUACUUUAAAGAGCUGGAGGAGGAGAGUAUUCGUGACAACUUUGUGACAGUGUACGAGCUGAUGGACGAGGUGAUGGACUUUGGUUUCCCUCAGACGACUGACAGCAAGAUCCUCCAAGAGUACAUCACCCAGCAGGGUCAUAAAUUAGAGGCUGGAGCUCCUCGACCUCCCGCCACUGUCACCAACGCUGUGUCUUGGCGGUCAGAGGGCAUCAAGUACAGGAAGAAUGAAGUUUUCAUGGACGUCAUUGAAUCAGUAAAUCUAUUGGUGAGUGCAAACGGCAGCGUCCUGCGGAGUGAAAUAGUGGGCACCAUCAAGCUCAAAGUGGUCCUGUCUGGGAUGCCUGAACUCAGAUUGGGCCUCAAUGACAAAGUGCUAUUUGAAAUCACAGGCAGAGAGAAGAGUAAGACAGUGGAGCUGGAGGAUGUGAAGUUUCAUCAGUGUGUCCGUCUGUCACGCUUCGAGAACGACCGCACCAUCUCUUUCAUCCCCCCCGACGGCGAGAGCGAGCUCAUGUCCUACCGCCUCAACACUACAGUGAAGCCUCUCAUAUGGAUUGAGAGCGUGAUUGAGAAGUUCUCUCACAGCCGUGUGGAGAUCAAGGUGAAGGCUCGGAGUCAGUUUAAGAGCCGUUCCACCGCCAACAAUGUGUCCAUUCUGGUGCCAGUGCCCAGUGAUGCUGACUCACCCAAGUUCAAGACCAGCACAGGAAGCACCAAGUGGGUGCCGGAGAAGAGCGUGGUGCAGUGGAACAUCAAGUCUUUCCCUGGUGGUAAGGAGUACAUGAUGCGGGCACACUUUGGUCUACCCAGUGUGGAGAGUGAAGACCUAGAAGCAAAGAGACCAAUCACUGUUAACUUUGAGAUCCCCUAUUUCACUGUGUCUGGGAUUCAGGUGCGUUACCUUAAGAUCAUAGAGAAGAGCGGUUACCAGGCAUUACCAUGGGUGCGCUACAUCACACAAAGUGGAGAUUACCAGCUCCGGACAAACUAAAGGGCACAGAUGCUGCUAGACGAAUGGAUAUUUUCUCUCUGUCUGUCUUCCUUUCUCCUCUCCUCUCUGUGUUUCUCCGGCUCCCUAUCUGCAAUGGACAGCAGAGGACAAGUGCAGGAGGACCCAGGACAUUUUUCCUCACUCUGAACGGAAACAAGACAUCAUCCUUUCCUCUAAGACAUUCUCAACUCAGACAGGAAAGGCUGUUGCGUCACCUCUGACCUGUGGUUUUUUAAGGGUUCCUCAGGACUCCAGUAAAAUGUUUUAAUAUGUGUAUAAUGAACGGAUGACAUUGUGACACUGUCUCGUUCUGGCAAGCUCUCAUUUCCUCACUUUUAAUGUGAUAAUCCUCAAGGUUAACUUAAAACAGAAUUUGGGGAAAAAAAAUACAUUAUUUUUGGGUGCUUGGAUGUCCACUGAGAUGUGGGUGAUAUUGCUAAAUCAAAAGUAUGCCAUGUACUCCAUCAGAAUUUUUUUCUUUAGUGUUUAAUUUACAUGUUGCUCCAUGCAGGAUUUUAACCACUACACCACAUCUUGGUAAUGUCAGCAUCUUUAACCGUAAGGGUUGUUAUUCCUCAUGUGUUUUGUCCUUAAUAUCCACUUUAUUACCCAUAUACAGUACAUUUUAACUUGGCUGUUCAUCUUUAUCCCUCUCGAAGGGAUAUGUUUUGCCACAACUUCUAUAGUACAUGUUCUUUGCCUUAAAAAAUUCCUAUCUAUCAUCACCUUUAGCACUGUGAAUAUAAUCCCCAGUGCACUGAAACUAACACCAGCGACCAGAUCAAUGAUUAAUAAGGCACAAUAUUGUCAGAGGAGUUGGCAGUGUAAGAUAAUACUGUCGACGCACUCCCAUGGGGCCUGUAACCUUGUCCUUGUGCUCAAAAUCAGCUUGCAGGUUUGAGGCAGAGACUGAAGGAAUGAGCACGGUGGAGAAUCUUUUGUCAUAUUUUUAUCUGUUGUUUAUACUGUACUGGUUAGUCCCCUGUGAAAAAUUAAGGACAAAAGAGUGGUUUGAGGAGGGGGGGCUGGACAAAAGUAAAAUAACCUGAAGGGGUUUCUUUGCAGAAUCUGAAAUUAUUGACAAUAUGUUUAAAUAAUUGUUUUUCCGUAACUCUUUUUUAAAUUUUUUAUGUCGACCUCUGCAGGCUUCUAUAAGUCUUCAAAAGUUUGUGGUGUAAGUCACUCCCUCUGUUGUGCAUGCACUGCAGCACAUCAGUUCAGUUGCACUGCUGACAGCAAAGAACAGAGUCCUGAGUCGAUUUAUUAGACCGCUGCUGUUAAGUACAAAACCUUCUAUUACAAUCAUUCCAUUAUCUUGUGUGGGGGCAUUUUUCAGACACCAAUGAGGAUUGUUAAGGAGUGUGUAUUAUUAUGUGUUUUCGGUAAUUUAUCAACUAAUAUUUGUCGAUAGGAAGCAAAGGGAUAUAUUUGGAAAUAAACAAUGUUUUGUAUCUUG